AUGAAGUUCUCAGCCACAAUCGCCGCUUCUUUCCUGGCACUGGGGACUGCGGCCAACCCAAUUGCCGAAUUGAGCGAUCUGGAGCCUCGGAAUGCCACGGAUGAGGUGUUUGACAAGCGUGUGGGUGGCGCUGGUUGCAGGAUCAUCAACGCAGACGUGAACUGCCGAUCAGGACCAGGGACCCAGUACCGAGUGAUCGCCACCGCAAAGAAAGGCGUGCUCUACUUCUUCACCUGUGUGAAGUCUGGAGAAUGCAUCAAUAUCGGAGGGAGCGUCAACUGUGGCUGGGACCGCCUGUCCUUCCGAGACUUUGAGAGCCCUUGCUUUGUGAACGGUCACUACACCGACAACCAGUGCACUGUUGACAGCAGCUCCUCGCGGGGCACGAAGCCGUCAUACGAACCUUCCAUCGGCAGCUGCGGCAGCCCCGCCCCGGUGCUGCUCGAGCUCUGCCUCGGGUCGCUCAUGUUCUGCGCGUUUGGGCACUACAAGGACAACAACGAGACCUACACCAGCGGUCAAGCCUGUGCCCUCGACCGCGGCAUCGUCUCAGACAUGGACCUUGCCGGCAUCGUCGACAAGGAAGCCUACGAGUCUGCGGUCAGCAGUCUGAGGCGCGCGGACGAAAAGUACCAAAAGUACCACGAGCUCGUGAAGCACUAUCGGGAGGUCAUCGUGGCGCGCAAGCAAAGUCAACGCGGGGAUGGUUCGGGUCGUCCACGUCCCGAUCGAAGCGCCUCCUGGCCGUUUCCGCGGGUGCAGGACAACUUGAGGCAGGCCGAGAAGGCGGUGCGGGAUGCGAAGCAGGAGAUUGGAAAGGCGACGGUGCCGGAUGUUGCGCAGGAGAUUUGGAAGAUGAUUGACCAGGCGAGGCUGUAUGCGGAUCACGCGUUUUGGUCGGAGCGACUCGUGGAAGGCCAUUUCAUGAAUGUGCACGCCUGGAUCGUGAAGGCGAUGGACUUGGACGAUUGA